CUUUGGCUGUACCCGGGUAUAGCCAAAAAUUUGCGCCCCAAGAGUACGAAAGCCCAAGUCCUCGACAGUCCAAUACAAAUUACAAUUGUAAAACUCCCUCCAUUUUUACCGUUACCGGAGACUCGCUUCACCUUCGCUGUGCGGCGGCGAUGUUCAAAUCGACGACCUUCAUCGCCGUCAAAUGCUGCCAGUGCUCCACUAUGCAGGUGAAGCAGCAGAAGAAGAGCAGCAACAAAUGGAAUUGUGUUGUCUGCAACCAAAAACAAUCGGUGACGAAGAUCUAUGCUCAAGGUUAUCAAGCCAAGGACAUCCGAAACGUCGUUCAAUCCUUCAAUAUGUCUCGCAAAUUGGAGGAUGAACUGCAACAAGUUCUUUCUGUGGGGCAUUUCGUCGAACACUUGGAAGGCGUUCGUGAAACGGAGGAGAUUAAAGGAAAGCGUCGUGCCGAUUGGAGCGAGUAUAUGGAAGAUGAUGAGAGUGUUGAACCUGCUUACUUGAAAUCAAAACUAAACGAGGGAGGAAUGGAAGCUGAGGCAAAUGUUGUGACUGAGUAUUCUGAGGAUUUGAUUCAUAACAAGGCAAGGUUAAGGGGCAAAUUCGGUUCGAGUGGGUCAGACAAAAAUCAAUGUUACAAGCCAAGCUUUUCGAAAAGAGUUUCAAAAAAGGAUGUUAAAGAAACUGAAUCACACUCUUCAAAUGUGGAAUCGGUGUGGGGUGAAUGCUUUGUGGAUGAUAGUUAUAUGAUCAAAGAUGUCAAUAGGCACUGUGAGCAACAGGAGAGAAACAAGGUUGUGAAAACAGCUACUUCCAUGUGCUCUCAAUAUAUGGAGAAAGAUGAUUUCGCUAGAGACAUUAGAAGCCAUUCUGAGCCACGGCAGCAACAACAGCCAAGCAAGUGCAUGGCAAUUAAGAAAACGGGUACUUCAAAAUGGAGCGGGUACAUGACAGGAGAUGAUGAUGAUGAUGGUGGUGGUGUUGACAAAGAGGUGAGAGCUGCUUUUACUGAUGAUUUGAGACUCAUGUGUGGGUAUAAACUGGAGAAUCAUAGUUUCGACCAGCUGAUUGAGGAAGACAUCCACCCUGACUUCAUGUAGUCCUUCCUUGGAUUACGGGCACAUUGUUAAAGUUGGACUCUAUUUUGUUUCAGAUGGUCAAGGUAACUUUCCAGUUUUCCACUUCUUGUAGAAAAGUUCUAUAAACAACUGCUAGAAAGGAAUGUUAUUUUUCUAUCGGUGGUCUUUGAACUGUAAUUGAAGUCAAUUGGCUAUAUAUGACACCAGUUUCUAAAUAGUUACACAAUUUGACUUUUCACACUUUUCACUUAUCUUACUUUAACUAUGUUUUCUACUAAUAAAUAGUAUUAUGUAAAAUAUUGUUGCCUUUGUCACUUUGUCUCAAUGUCUAUUCUAUCCGUCCCAAA